AUGUUACUCUGUGGAUCAGCAACCAACCUUCUGAAUCCGGUGAAUGUGGGGACGUCCCUGAGCGUGAUCCUCUACGCCAUCAUGGCGAGCGGACCCGGAUUCAAAUGCACCGUGCUGCGCAGCCGCCCACAACGACACCACGACCUCCCUGUAACAGAUUUGGACCGAAUCACCGGCGGUACUCCCGUUCCCAAUCAGGGAAAAUAUCCCUGGAUGGCAUGGAUGGGGAGUGGCCCAGGGGUGUUCAGCUGCGGUGGAGCCCUCAUCAACGAUCGAUAUGUCCUCUCUGCUGCUCAUUGCCUAGGCUCAAAUGCCUCGACGGCGACCUUCUACGUGAACCUUGGGGAUCUGGACAGAUCGAGUACAACCAAGAGCGUGUCCAUAUAAAUUCCGGCCACUGCCAUCGUCUAUUCAACAUGGGAUCCUAAUGUUUUCUACCGGAAUGACAUCGCCCUGUUGAAACUUCAAUCUCCGGUGGACUUCCAGAGAUACCCGCACAUCCGUCCCGUGUGUCUCUCCUCGAGCAUUUUCCCAGCUGCAGGAGAGACUGUCGCGAUUGUAGGAUGGGGUCGUCUGGCUUUCGGUGGAAACCUCCCAACUACUCUGAUGGAAACGACCGUGAAACUCUUGAAUGAUACAACUUGCAGUAGCACUUGGGGCUCGGUGGUCGAUAGUAACGUCAUCUGCGCGCAGGAGACCGGCAAGAACACCUGCAAUGGGGAUUCCGGCGGCCCACUGUUGUACAGAACCCCCGCCGGUUAUUUCCUCGAGAUCGGGGUCACGUCCUUCGGAAGCAAACUGUCGAGUCGAGUACGGCGGCGGGUUCACCAAAACAACAAGUUACGCGAACAGCUUCAUCCGGAGCAACACCCGGGAUGCCGUAUGGUGUCCGGCACCCUGAUCGAUUCCACAUAUUCUUUGCUUCAUCCGCACGUUUCGCUUCUCAGAGCGACUCUGCCGUUUUUCCGUUAAUAUGCUGAAGGAAAAAUUUCUCUGAACCGC